ACAGAAGAUGAAGAAACCACAUGACCAGGAAGUAUGGUUGCAUUUCCGGCACUGCUGUUGAAGUAAACUUUUCCAUUUUUUUCGUUUUCUGCUUAAACUGUAGGUUAAAUUAACGUUUGUUUCCGUUGUGGAGAAAAGUGGCUCGUGAUUGUUGGUAUCCGGUUCGAGAUGAAGGAGACUUUGGCUCUGGUUCAGAGAUUCAGCGCUCAUCCGGACUCCCGGUGCUGGUUCGUCUCCUGGAACCCGACCGGGACUCUCCUGGCCUCCUGUGGAGGAGACAAGGCGAUCCGCAUCUGGGGGCGAGAAGGUGAGUCUUGGACGUGUAAAAGUGUGCUUCAGGACGUUCACCAGCGCACCGUGAGAAAGACAGCAUGGUCUCCCUGUGGGAACUAUCUGGCUUCUGCCAGCUUCGAUGCCACGACCUGCAUCUGGAAAAAGAACAACAAUGAUUUUGAGAGCCUGACUGUGUUGGAAGGACAUGAAAAUGAGGUCAAAUGUGUGGCGUGGUCCCCUUCGGGGAAUCUGCUGACGACAUGCAGCCGGGACAAGAGUGUCUGGGUCUGGGAAGUGGAUGAAGAGGAUGAAUACGAGUGUGUUACCGUUAUCAACUCGCACACACAAGAUGUCAAACAUGUCGCGUGGCACCCGACACAAGAGCUUCUGGUGUCUUGCAGCUACGACAACAACAUCUGUAUUUAUAAGGAGGAUGACGAUGACUGGGAGUGCCGGGCCACCUUACAAGGUCACACGUCCACAGUGUGGAGUUUGUCCUUCGAUGCCAGCGGGCAGAGACUCGCCUCCUGCAGCGACGACCGAACAGUCAAGAUCUGGAAGGAGUAUCCAAACGACUGCACCCAGGGAGACGUGUGUUGGAAAUGUGUCUGCACACUGUCCGGUUACCAUGGAAGGACGGUCUACGAUGUUGCCUGGUGUUGGCUGACAGGCGCUCUGGCGACGGCAUGUGGCGACGACGCUGUAAGAGUGUUUAGGGAGGAAGAGACAGCCGAUCCGGAUCAGCCGGUCUUUUUCCUGGCAGCCCAUGUGAGCAAAGCCCACAAUCAGGAUGUGAACUGUGUGGCCUGGAAUCCAAAGGAGGUGGGGCUGCUAGCGUCGUGCAGCGACGAUGGAGACAUUGCCAUCUGGAGGUUCCAAGAGGAAAUCUGACACAUUGUGUAAUGUGGGAGUCAUGAUGCAGUCUGCAAACUUUUCACCUUCUCAGAAAAUACGUUUGAGUAAAAUUACAUUUGUAAAUGAACUGUUUCAUAAUGUGUUGCUCUUAAACAGUGACAUUUAUAUCAAAGGACAUAAAAAUGUGUUUAGUACAAAUAAAAGUUCAAUAGUGUGGAAGAACUGAAAAACAAGGUUUAUUUUUAUUGGGGAAAAAUGGAGACUUUUAAACCAGUUCAAUAACAAGAGUGACCAUUGGAGUCUUAAUCUGGAUCAACUUCAGAGAGAAAUUACACUGAAAAUCUGGUUUGUGGAGCUACAUGAAGAUCAUGAAGUCCAACCCUCCAGGGAUU